AUGUCCUCGACCGACAGCUCGUCGCAAUACUACAACUCCUCAUUCCAGCAAUACGACUCGUCAACGCCGCCACCUCCGCCCCCAAAGCCUGGUACCCCAUCCAGAGGUCCCCCUCUACCUCCCCCACCAAACACCCAGCCACAACUGAAUCCGACCAAUGCCUAUGCAAAUACACAGAGCCAGAUAGCGCUUCCUGGACUCGGCUGGCUUCCUUCGAUUGUCCAAGAUCUUUCCACCAAUGACCUCAAACGACUGCUCGAGGAUCCCGACUUGCAAGCCACCCUGUUGAACGACCACGAGAACACGCAUCCAUCCAUUCCUGCUUCUCAGGAUGCUCUGCGCCGUAUUCUCGACUCCAAUCUCCAGAUGGCUUCCUCGCUGCAGCAAGUCGAGUCUCGUCUGGCCCACCAACGCCAAGCUACUCAAUCUCGUCUCAUUGCUCUCCGUGCCCUCGAACAGCAGCACAAGUCCAAGAUCGUCGAGACUGAAGACACUCUGAAAGGCUUCAGUCCAAUGGCUCUAUAUCAGCGCCUCAGUGCCAGUGCACAAGAACAAGAUGCUUUGGUAAAAGGCAUCGAAGACAGCUUUCUCGAUGACGGAGCUCUUGCGCCGGAUAGAGAGGUCCAGGAAUUUGUCCGUCGCUUGAGAGACGCCAAACGCGUCGCCUUUCUACGCAAUCAACGCAAGGAGCGUUGGGACGAAGGAAGAGUCGGCGGUUGGAGAUGA